CUUGCCUUCAGCGCAGUUUGUUUUGGGAAAUUUGGCGACCUGGCUUCAAAAUCUGGGCCCCCCUUUGCAACUCCACAAAGUCAAGGUUGAUAUGCCACAUCAGUGAUGGAGCCCAUGACGGUCACGACGUCAGUGGUUGGACCUGAUGAGUUCGACCGCAAUGCCCCACGGAUCUGUGGCGUGUGCGGGGACAAGGCCACCGGCUUCCACUUCAACGCCAUGACCUGUGAGGGCUGCAAGGGCUUCUUUAGGCGCAGCAUGAAACGUAAAGCCUCUUUCACCUGUCCAUUCAACGGGAGCUGCACCAUCACUAAAGACAACCGGCGCCACUGCCAAGCCUGUCGUCUUAAACGCUGCAUCGACAUCGGCAUGAUGAAAGAAUUUAUACUGACAGAUGAGGAAGUUCAGAGGAAAAGGGAAAUGAUAAUGAAGAGGAAAGAAGAGGAGGCGGCUCGGGAGGCGCAGAGGCCACGGCUGAAUGAGGAGCAAGCUCGGAUGAUCUCCAGCCUGGUGGAAGCUCACCACAAGACCUACGAUGCCUCCUAUUCUGACUUUUCACGCUUCAGGCCUCCAGUGCGUGACGGCCCGGUAACACGCAGUGCCAGCAGAGCUGCCUCCCUUCACUCCCUGUCUGAUGCAUCCUCUGAUUCAUUUAAUCACUCACCUGAGUCUGUUGACACCAAGAUGAACUUCAGCAACCUGCUGAUGAUGUACCAGGAUGGAGCGAGUAGUCCUGACUCCUGUGAGGAGGACACAAAGCUCUCCAUGCUGCCCCACCUGGCUGACCUGGUCUCUUACAGCAUCCAGAAAGUCAUUGGAUUUGCCAAGAUGAUUCCAGGUUUCAGAGAGCUGACGGCAGAGGACCAGAUUGCUCUGCUAAAGUCGAGUGCCAUUGAGAUCAUCAUGCUGCGCUCAAACCAGUCGUUCAGCCUGGAGGACAUGUCCUGGAGCUGUGGGGGACCCGACUUUAAAUACUGCAUCAAUGAUGUCACAAAAGCUGGUCACACCCUGGAGCUGCUGGAGCCGCUGGUCAAGUUCCAAGUUGGUCUGAAGAAGCUCAACCUGCACGAGGAGGAACACGUGCUGCUCAUGGCCAUCUGCCUGCUGUCCCCAGACCGCCCUGGUGUGCAAGACCAUGCCCGCAUAGAGCAGCUGCAGGACCGUCUGUCAGAGGCGCUACAGGCCUACAUCCGGGUCAACCACCCAGGCGGCCGCCUCCUCUACGCCAAGAUGAUCCAGAAGCUGGCGGACCUGCGCAGUCUGAACGAGGAGCAUUCCAAGCAGUACCGCUCGCUCUCCUUUCAGCCCGAGCACAGCAUGCAGCUUACCCCACUGGUACUGGAAGUGUUCGGCAGCGAGGUGUCAUAGCUGAGGAAGAGGAGGAGGAUCUGUUCUUUAAGGCAGACUCUUCAGACACAGGAGGAUUAACAGACCCUGCUGCCUUUUCCUCAACAAAACCCGAAGGCUUCACCACACCCUGGACGCAGAAGGUGGACGAUCACAUCUUCUUUCUGUCUUCACCUCUUUCAUUAUCUGUCGAUUCCUCACUUUCCUGGAGGAGCAAAACCCAACGUAGGCCAUAACUGGAUCUCUAGAUUCACAAAUAUAAAUCUGCUGCUGGAUCACCCGAAUCUCAAACCUCAUUUGCUUUUCCAAAUAUCCCGACUCGCUCAUUUCCAUCCUUUCCACAACUGCAGAAUCCAAAUGUUUUUCAUCACCAACCUUCGCUGGAUUCUACUUCCUGCAACACUUUCUUAAAGUGGAAACAGCUUGAGAGAUGUCCCCGUCACCUCCCUCUCAUCAUCAUCAUAACUUUUCUUCCUGUUCACAUGGCAACAACAGGAAACAGCGCUCAGAUUCAAAUAUCGUACUCAUGCUCACGGUGAUGAACUUUAUGUAAAUGGCUAAUAACCUUUGGUGGUUUACAGAUUUUAACAGCAAAAUCAUCCAAAUAUAUUCAGCAUCAGCAACCACGAGUGAGCUCGGGAGAAAUAGAAAUACUUUGGUUUGUGAUGGGAGUCGAGCGUUUGUGUUAUUGGCCUCCCCUGUAAAUUCUGCAGAUGUGAAAGAAGAAAUCUUAACUAGUCAAAAUCAUAUGAAGACAGAUUUGUCUGCAAAAAUCUUUUGAUUUGGGAACGAUGGGAAGAAAUGUGCACUUUGAAAAAACAAGAGGAUGCUGGGUAGAUGGGUGGAAAGGGGGUGCAACAUUUUGUUAAAAUUAACAAAGGAAGAAUGUAUGUAUAAUUCUACAUAUGAUAAGUAUAAGCUGUAGUACAAGUCAAACAUUUGGAUGUCUAAUGCUUGGCAAGUACUGUAAAUAGAAAUUAAUAUUUCUGAGAGUGUUAAAUAAUAAUAAUGAUGAUGAUAAAAAGGAUGUCAAGGCCCCUCCUCCUCAGAUAUGUGUGUAUAGGCCACCUUAUAUAAAAAAAAGUGUACACACGGGCACUGAGACGUGUUAUGAGGAGUCCUUCUGUUUUUGCUAUAGUGUGCAAGAAUAUUGAUGGACCACAAGGGGGUGUGUGCACAGGCUCUGACUGAACAUAUAAUGCAACAAGGCUCUUUGUUGUGAUCUCUGAUUUUUGGACCUGUGAAAUUUAUAGGCUGACAUACACAAAGAUAAUUUCCUGUUUUGUGGAUGGCUAUUUUUUCAGAAAAAAAAACAAAAAAAA